AUGGCUGGUAAACAUACGAUUACCUCUCACACCAGGGUCUGCAGCAGACACUUUGCCAGUGAUCAACUCAUAGAGCCAACAACCCUUGAUGGUCGAAGGCGGCUUAUUAAAGGUGCUGUACCAACACUUUUUGAGUGGUAUGGCUAUAAAGUUGAACCACCGCGGCGUAGUGUUUGGGAGAGAAUGGAGCGACGCCCUGAACUAUUUCCUCCUGACGAUCAAGAAGAGCACAGUCUUACAAUAGAUCAUGACUACUGCUCAGUCCCUCAGCCGUCUGCAUUGGACAUAUCUGCAUCAGCUGCAGAAGACCUGUCCAAAGACGUGGAGACUCUGAGGAAGGAAAUGCAGGAGUUACGUGUCCAGCGAGAAUUUGGGUUACAGCGCUUUGCUGGCUCCGACACUGACAUCCGAUUCUAUACCAGAUUUCCAAGCUAUGAUCAUUUGAUGGCAUUUUGGUUUUUGAUUGAGCCUUGCAUCUAUAAAAUGAUCCGGGUUUCAAGAGCCAAGUCAGCUGCCAAUAGGAACGAACAAGUGUUGACACCUGCACGCACAUCAAUGAGGCAGCUGCUACAGCCAAUUGACGAGUUCUUUCUUUUCCUGGUUUUCCUGUCAGUUGGUUUGAAGGAGAGGGACCUGGCACACCGAUUUAACAUACACCAGUCCACAGUGAGCCGCAUUAUUGCAACAUGGACAGAUUUUCUUGCCACUGCACUGGGGUCUCAAUGCAUUUGGCUUACACGUGAAGAAGUGCAAGCUUACCUCCCUGAGGAAUUCAAAGAUUUCUUAGACACCCAGAUGAUCCUUGACUGUACAGAGCUGAGGUGUCAGACACCAUCCUCACCACUUCUCCAAAGUGAAAUGUACUCUUCGUACAAAUCCCACAGUACGAUGAAAGCCCUGGUUGGCAUAGCUCCACAUGGUCCAGUGACAUUCAUCUCUAAUCUGUAUGCUGGUUCGGUUAGUGACAAGGAACUAUUCAAACAAUCAGGCAUUGCUGAGAAGUUGACUGAAGACAUGGCAGUGAUGGUAGAUAAGGGCUUCCUAAUCACCGAUUGUUGUAAAUGCAAAGUGUACUGCCCACCUUUUCUAUCUAAGCAGAAGCAGAUGCCAGCAUACCAGGUUAAGGAGACGCAGGCCAUAGCCAGACUCAGGGUACAUGUGGAGCGAGUCAUUAGGAGGAUAAAACAGAACAAACUUUUUGAUAGCAUCAUUACCAUGUCACAUGUUUACAAUAUCAACCAACUGUUUGCAGUAGAAUGUAUGUUGUCAAAUUACCAGAACACAGCAUUAGUUAAAAAAUGGGUUAAGUGA